UUGGGAUAACCGAAACAAACAAGCAACACUAACAGAACAAGACUCGAAUAUUGCUCGGAAAAAAUCAGCUAUUGCUAUAUUUUCCAGCAUUUAUCCUACUGAUUUCCCUACCCAUUACCCUCUCGUUUCACCAAGAUGCCCAUGGUCCUGGGUUGUCGCGCUCGGGCCGCCUUGAAGCUCCAUCCGGAUUGCUAUGAUCGCGCCAAGAGACCCAUCUACCUGGAGCCGCCACCUCCCACUUAUAUAGUAAAGGACGAACCAUGCGGUGUUCGCCGGGAUAAGCCAGUGAAACCGAAGAAUCAAAGAAGACCCCUGCCGCCGGGAACCAUACCACCGAGACCCCUGCCAGGACCCCAGCCAGGACACAGAACUGGCGGCGGUAAGGCACCACCUCGGGCUCGUAAUUACGACGGAGCCAAGGCCACGUUCUUUCACAUCAAGGGUCAGCCGUGGGAAUCAAAGGGUUACGCCGAGCUCUCUAAGAACGACCUAGAUCGGAUGCGGGCCUGGCGGCCACCGACUGUCGAAGAGCGGCGAGCCGAGCAGGAGCGCCAGCUAGAGGAGCAGCGGUACCAGACCGCCGAGGCGGAACGGAUGCGUAUCUAUUUCCACGACAUUGACGAGCAGCGUCGCGAAAAAGAACGCGAGGCCCAGAUAAAACACGACGCCGAGGCGGACGAAGAUGUCGACGAAGACCGCAAGGUGGAGGCCAAGAGGCUGCAGGUGCUCCACCGGGCCCUGAACGCCAAGUACGAGUCUGAUGUGCGGGUCAAGGAAGCCACACGAGCCAUCUCCGAGGCCAAGUGCAGUGCCAUGUGGACGGCUCAGAUCCAGGAGCGAAAGCUCCUCGAUCGCAUCCAAAGCGACCACGACGAGGAGAUGGCUCGCAAGAAUUUGCUGUACAAUAACUCCAAGUGGGGCACUGUCGAGAAGAAGGACCAGAAGGAGGAGGAGCGGCGCAAGCAGUUUGGCAUGGCUGUGCGGGAACAGAUCAAGGACCGGGAGCAGCUCAGGUUCAUGGCCCAGGAUCGCCUCCGGGCGGAUGCCCGCGAGCUGCGCGCCUGCAUCGAUGAGAUUAAGAAGGCCGAGGCCGCCGAGGUGGAGUCCCGGUCCAAGCGAAAGGUGGCCUACCGCGAGGAGCUCAACACAUACAUAAAUCUACACAAGAACUUUGUUCGCAUGAUGUGCGAGCAGGAUAGGCGGGACGAGAUCCGUGCCUAUGAGUACCAGAAGCUCAAGGAGAAGCAGCUGCGCGAACAGAGGACCGAACGCGAGGCCAUCGAGGCGGAUGUGCAGCGGAAGCGCAAUGUCCUCUUCGCUGUGGGCCAAAAGACCCUCGACGCCAAGGGCAAUCGUGAGGAGAUGCACUAUCUCGCCGAGGUCGAGCGCUUGGAGCGCAAGUACAGGGAGAACGAGCGCAAGGCUGCCGAGAAAGAGCGCCGUAUGGCCGCCGACCUCAAGAGGGCCAACUUGGAGCAAAUGGAGCACCUCAGCCAGAUGAAGGCCUGCUUCUACGUCCAGCGGGAGCGUGAGAUCAAGGAAAUGAUCGAGUACCGGGCCAAGUACGAGGAGCAGGUGAAGCGCGAGGCCGCCGAAGCGGCACUCAAGAAACACUGCCUGCGCACGGGCGUCACCUGCCAAAUUGAGGAGCGGGAGAAGGCCCGUCGCCGGGAGCUGGAUGAUGAGCGUCUGGCCAUCGAACGGGAGAAGGCAGCGGAGGCGCAGCGCCAGAAGGAGAUCGAUACUGUGAUCACCGUGAAACUGGAUGACCUCCAGAAACGCGGUUGCCUGCCCAACCUGGCAGUGCGUUCGCUUAAAGGACGCGUGGCCAAUGCCGGGCUCAAGAAGAAGUUUGGCUCCGAGUUCAGCUAGAUAUAUCCGUCAUCCAUGUCGUUGCAUUACACCCAUUGGCACACUUCCCAAAUCCCAACCCACAAACCUUGUUGACAAUGGCAUUUGUUGGCUCUUUAGAAUUAAAACCUGCAGCAUAGUGAGA